AUGUCUACCACGCCGACUCCCAUCGAGGACCAGGGCCGGCUUCUCGAAGAGGCCCUGGGAGUGGUGCGGCAGCAGUCGCAUAUGAUGCGGAAAUGCCUGGAAAGCCCCGGCAAACUGAUGGAUGCUCUCAAAUGCGCGUCUACCUUUGUAUCAGAGCUGCGAACAUCCAGUCUGGGUCCGAAACAAUACUACGAGCUGUACAUGGCCGUCUUUGACGCUCUUCGUCAUCUCUCCGUCUAUUUGCGUGAAAGCCACCCAGUGAACCACCUCGCGGAUCUGUACGAGCUCGUACAAUAUGCCGGAAAUAUCAUACCUCGUCUAUACCUCAUGAUCACAGUUGGAACGGUGUAUAUGGCAAUUGAAGAUGCUCCCGUCAAGGAGAUUAUGAAGGAUAUGAUGGAGAUGAGCCGCGGCGUUCAACACCCUGUGCGCGGUUUGUUUUUGAGAUAUUACUUGUCCGGCCAGGCAAGGGAUUUCUUACCAGAAGGAAAAAGUGACGGGCCAGAAGGGAAUAUCCAAGACUCGAUCAAUUUUAUCCUGACCAACUUCGUGGAAAUGAACAAGUUAUGGGUUCGGUUACAACACCAAGGACAUUCUCGCGAACGCGAAAAGAGAACGCAAGAACGGCGGGAGCUGGAGCUGCUGGUGGGGAGCAAUAUUGUUCGCCUCAGCCAGCUGGUGGAUUUGGAAGCUUACAAGUCGACCAUCUUGCCGCCUUUGCUGGAACAAGUAGUUCAAUGCCGAGACGUCUUGGCGCAGGAGUAUUUGCUCGAAGUGAUCACCAAGGUCUUCCCAGAUGAGUAUCAUCUUCAUACUCUAGACCUGUUGCUUUCAAGCAUAGCUCGGUUGAACCCACAUGUUGAUAUGAAAAAAAUCGUUAUUGGUCUUAUGGACCGCCUCUCAUCUUACGCUAUAAGGGAUGCAGACCAGACCGAUGAUCCAGCCAAGAAGAAAGAAAACGAAGAAGAAGCAGUUGCGAAACUGCUCGAGAAUUUCAAGCUUGCUGAGGAUAAAAAGGCCGAAGAGGUCAAGGCAGAGCCAGCCCAAGAGAAUGGCGACAAGACCGAAGAAGAGCCUGCACAGCACGCGGAAGAGGGUAGCAAAACACCCGAGCAAACAGAUACGAAUGGGUCGAAUUUGACGACUGACAUCAAACUUUACGAGAUAUUUUACGAGCAAGUUGUGAAUCUGAUCAAAACAAGGGGGCUGCCUAUACAAGACACCAUUGCUCUACUUGUAUCUUUGGCUAACCUUGCCCUCAACAUUUAUCCGCAACGAUUAGAAUAUGUCGAUCAAGUUCUGGAUUAUGCGACUCAAAAGACUACAGAAAAUGCGGACCAGGCUGAUCUCCACGCUGCACCAGCACAGCAAAACCUCUUGAACCUUCUUCUCGCACCACUAAACUCAUAUGUAUCUAUGUUUACUGCUCUUGCACUGCCUCACUAUAUUUCACUUCUCGCAUCACAAUCUUAUCCGACCCGAAGAGCCGUCGCAACUCAAGUCAUUCGAAACCUCCUCAGCAGCAAAACCACCAUCACAGACGCGGAGAACUUGGACCGUGUUCUCCAGGUUCUAAAAGUCCUCAUCAAGGAGGGCGUGCCUCAUUCUGCAGGCUAUCCUGGCGUUCAUCCGCAACGACGUGGCGAAACCGACGAGACGAUUGAGGAGCAAGGCUGGUUAGCCAGACUGGUGCAUCUCAUUCAAGGACCUAAUAAUGACACCCAACUCAAGCUUUUGCAAGCCACCCGAACUGCAUACUUUGAGGGAAAUGAGCGCAUCCGAUACACCACGCCGGCCAUCAUUACAGCAUCACUGCGGUUAGCACGAAAACUCAAAUCACGCGAGCAUUAUGAGGACAACUGGCAGUCUCAGUCAUCUACACUGCACCGUUUCAUGCACCAGUGUAUCAGCAAUCUCUACCAGCGAGUCAACACGCCCGGUUGUGCUGAUCUGUCCCUGCGCCUUUUUGUAAUGUGCGGCGAAGUGGCCGAUCAAACGGGUUUCGAGGAGGUUAGCUACGAGUUCUUAGCACAGGCAUUCACUAUUUAUGAAGACGCCAUCAGCGAUUCUCGAGCGCAGUUCCAAGCCGUCUGUAUCAUAGCCAGCGCUCUCCACAACUCGCGAGGCUUCUCGAAAGAAAACUACGACACCCUCAUCACCAAAGCUGCCUUGCACGGAAGCAAACUACUGAAGAAACCCGACCAGUGUCGUGCUGUUUACUUGGCAAGUCAUCUAUGGUGGGUUGUUGAAAACUCACAGAGAGAAGAGGAUGCGGCGAAUCUAUACCGCGACGGAAAACGUGUCCUCGAAUGCCUCCAACGAGCCCUUCGCGUGGCCGAUGCCUGCAUGGACACCGCGGUGUCAGUGGAGCUCUUUGUCGAAAUCCUCAACCGAUACGUUUACUACUUUGAUCAACAGAACGAAACCGUAACUACCAAAUACCUGAACGGGCUCAUCGAGCUGAUCCAUUCCAACCUGCAAACCAACGACGGCGAGGAAAACCCCAGUCUCGAGAAUCCGAAGCGCCAUUUCCAGCGCACUCUCGACUACAUCAAGUCGCGGGAUUACGAGGGAGUUGUUACAGAAGCAAGACAGUAG